GCAGCAUUGUUUAAAUAAUGUUUUUGGCAAUAUGAGGGAAUAUGAGCUAGAUUUUGUGUCUUAACUUCAUAAGAAAAAAUAAGGCCUCUGGACCAGUGAUGAUUCUUGUAGUUCCUUGACAUGUCUCUGGCAGCAUUACUGCUUCUCAUCAUGAACAUUGUGUUUUGUAUGGCAACAUGCAACAAUGCAGAAUAUGAAAUUAAUGGAAAGUGUUGCCCCGUGUGCGAUCCAGGAAAGCGAGUUAAGAACCACUGUGAUGAGAAUACAAAAACAAUUUGUGGUUCAUGUCCUGCGAUGACCUUCACUAAUAUUCCUAACGGAUACAUAGAAUGUCUGCAAUGUUUUGUCUGUGACCCAAGUAAUGGGCUGAGAGUAAAGCAGGCAUGUACAUCAAUAUCAAAUACAGUGUGUGAACCUCUGCCAGGGUAUUACUGUAUAGAUUUGCUCUCAAACUGUAAGAAGGCCAUGAAACAUUCAUCCUGCUCACCUGGACAAUACAUCAACCAAACUGGAACAGAAUUCAGCGAUACAGUGUGUAAUGGUUGUCCUGUUGGUUCAUAUUCAGAAGGUACAUUCUGCAAAUUUCAUUCAAACUGUGAAUCUCUUGGCAAAAUAACAGUCAAGGAAGGAACAGACAAGACUGAUGCUGAGUGCAAUAACGGAGCACCUUCAUAUUUAUUACCACUGAUUCUCUCUGUGAGUGCAGUGUGUGUGCUGGUGUUUGUCAUUUUCAUUAUUCUAAAAACAAACAACCAAAGUAGUAGAUUAAUUCAAGUUACAACCCAAGGUUUGAACCUGUAUACUUAAACGGUUUUUCCCAGUGUAAAAAGGCAUCCAUCUGACAUAUUUAUGA